AUCUGGACGAUGAACGGGUUUUUUGUCUGCCUAGUAUUGCUGUAGAUAAGGCUUUUUCUAGUGUGUAUCUGCAAUAAUGACAUGACGAGUGCCAGGCUCAAGCCGGAGUGGCUCCCAGGGGAUGAGCGAUGUCGCCGCGCGUCACUUGGAGCCAGGCACGGGCUCAUCAGUUCAUCAGUUCAGCAUCCGGACCUCAAGCCUUUCACAGCAUUCAACAUUCUGGCCUCCAUUCGAUCUCUAAUUCUGCAACACUGGUAGACCUGCUCUUCAAAAUGAUUACGGAAGGGGAACUCAAUGACUUAUUAAGUGCUGAUUGGGUUUCAAUCACAAACGAAUCUAAAAGUGAUCGAAUUGAUCCUGAAUUGGACUAUUUACUUUCGCAGUCAGUUGAGAUUCUGUACGAGAACACCAGUGAUACCUCAUACGGAUCGGGCUACUGGUGGCCUUCACCCGAACACAACUCCCUGGAUCCGCUGACCCUCUACUUGGACGUGGAGCCAGCACCUCAGCAACCUCCCUCACCAAUCCUCACAGAAGACAGCAUGAGCGCACAGUCAUCAUCAGCGGCGGACAACAGCAGCAACACCCAGCAGGUGUACUUUGCACAGUACGGCAACAUCGCCACAGACGACAACAUCGGCACACAGUCACUAGCGCUCCUAGCGGCGGACGGCAAAAGCCAGCAGAAGCAGCAGCCGAUGUGUGAUGCGGCGACCAAAGUGUUCGUAUGCGGAUUUGCUCAGUGCGGCAAGGUUUACGCCAAGAACUCGCACCUGAAGGCGCAUGUCAGGAGGCAUACUGGCGAGAAGCCCUUCGUGUGCACGUGGCCUCAGUGUGCGUGGAGAUUCUCCAGGUCAGAUGAGCUAGCCCGCCACCGUCGCUCUCACUCUGGUCACAAGCCCUACGGCUGCCCGCUCUGUCCGAAGGCAUUCGCCCGUUCUGAUCACCUCGCCAAGCACACGCGCGUGCACCGUCCCGGCGCUCCCCGCCAGUCACGACCUCGCACCGUUUUUGCCGUUGUAUGACCACGUUACGUCUCCACACUUGCUCCGAAACCUGGACUAAUACAUACCUCUAAGGGUCGCUUUCUCCAAAAAAGUUGAACUAAAAUUCUGGUUUAAACCAUCAGCUGACUCAAUUGAAAAACAUUGUAAUAGAAUUUAUCAUGCAUUUAAUGUAACCAUUGAUUAAACGGGUUUCAACUUUAGAGGAAGCGGCCCUAGGAAACAAGGAGGAGAAUUGAAAUUGAAGACGA